UUGGCGCAAGGUUGGACUCAGAAGAAGACGGACAGGAACAGACGCAGAGGGGAUUUCUAGACGAGCAAGAAUACUUAACCUCGAGUCGAGAAGACUUCUUUCAAUUUGAUACGAAGGUUGAACACAGGAUGCCCAGCACACGCUCUCAGGGCCAGGCGCAGCCCACGCUGCAGUUCCCUCGCCGCAAAUCCUGCAGAGUGUCCUCUCGCGCGAAGACGCCACAGCAGGAGCGACUUCCAGCUCCAUCACCGACCAAACCCGAACCCCAACACCCCGCCCUGGCCCGGAUUGGGCCGCUCUCUCCGAGACGCCCCGCAGCACAACAUUCGCCGGCAUCACCUUCCCAUGUCCAGCCACGGUUUCCACUCAGCCCCCGAAAACGUACCGGUGACGACAACGGCUGUAACCUCGGCACCGGCCUGUUAGGUUCACCACCGAAGCAGAGCAAACCGUCUGUAGCUUCGCCGAGAAAGCUGGGCUUUGACGAGAACUCGCCGGUGUUAGCUCGGCGACAGCUGAUCCCAUCAUCACCGCGGCAGCCACUCUCUCCAACCGCCAGAUCGUCCCCGAGGCGUCAGGAAACGCCUGCUGGAGGCCCGGCCCGCCAGAACUCGGAGAAGAAGCUGCCGGUUGUUCGGCUCUUUGCUGAAAAGUCGAGGUUUCAGAGUGUGAAGCAGGCGCUCCACACCGCCGUCCCCGAGCGGCUCCUGUCCCGGGAGGCCGAGCGAGCGUCCAUUCGAUCUUUCCUGGAGGAGAAGGUCCUGCAGCGCCUCCCCGGCAGCCUCUACAUCUCCGGGGCACCGGGGACUGGAAAGACAGCUUGUCUCAACUGUGUGCUGCAGGAUAUGAAGGCCGAGCUGUCGUCAGUGCAGACAGUGGUGGUGAACUGUAUGACUCUGCGGAGCUCCCACGCAAUCUUCCCGCUGCUGGCCGACAAGCUGAGAGCAUCUGGUGGACAGAACGGGCUGCAGAGGUUCCUGGCUGCCCCGGGGCCCACUGUGCUUCUUGUUCUGGAUGAGAUGGACCAGCUGGACAGUAAAGCUCAGGACGUCCUCUACACCAUCUUUGAAUGGCCGUACCUGCCAAAGUCUCGCCUCUGUCUCAUCGGCAUCGCCAACGCUCUGGACCUGACCGAUCGCAUCCUGCCCCGCCUGCAGGCUCGCCCCCACUGCCGCCCCCUGCUAUUAAACUUCCCUCCCUACAGCAGACAGGAGCUCACUGCCAUCGUGCAGGACAGACUCGCUCAGGCAUCGGCUGAAGGGAUCAUGGACGCCUCGGCGGUUCAGUUCUGUGCCAGGAAAGUGUCAGCGGUGUCAGGAGACGCCAGGAAAGCUCUGGACAUCUGCAGGAGAGCUGUUGAGGUCGUGGAGUCUGAUGAGAGGAAGAAGGCAUCAGAUCAAAAGGCUGAAACUAAAGCGUCGCGGGUCAGUCUCCCCCAGGUUGCGCGGGUGCUGUCGGAGGUAUAUGGCGACCGAAUGGCAUCUCAGUGCGGCGGCUCUGAUGGAGAGAGUUUCCCGCUGCAGCAGAAGCUGCUGGUCUGCUGCCUGCUGCUGCUCAUACGCAACGGAAAGAGCAAAGAGAUCGGCCUUGGAAAGCUCCACGAGGUGUACAGUCGCCUGUGUGCUCAGCGGCAGGUGUCUGCGGUGGGUCAGGGCGAGUGUUUGUCUCUCUGCAGUCUGCUGGAGAGUCGAGGGAUUUUCGCCAUGAAGAAGGCUAAAGAGGCUCGUCUCACUAAGGUGUUUCUAAAGAUCGAGGAGAAGGACGUAGAAAACGCUCUGAAGGAUCGAACUCUGCUGGGCAGCAUCCUGGCUGCAGGGCUCCCCUCAUGAUCACACAUUUAUUUUUUAUCUUAUUUUUAAGUUGUACAAAUGAAGAUUUUCAAUGGAAUAUUUUAUUUUUAUUCUCGUUUUUGCUGAGAAUUUGUACAGUUUUUUUAAUGUUUAUUUUUAAAAUGUUUACAAAAAAGAUUUUUGGCUUUUUUGCCCUCGUAAUGAUUUUGAUGCUCAGUUUUGAGCUGUUGAAAGACGUUGAACUCACAUCAGUUGUGAGAUGACAGCAUUUGUUUCAGUUUGGAUUUGAAACAUGUACAUUUUUAUGCUGUAAAUAAACAAACGUACAGGCG